UUGGCAUCAUGAUGAACAGUAACACUUAAGCUCCAUUCACCUGGCAGCCAGCGGUCCUCAUUCUGCCUAUGCGCUUGCCGCAGUCGGAAACUCGACGAGUUGGGUGCACCAGGACUUUGUGUCCUCAGCCUUGCCACGCAUGAUAUUGUCGAUAGCCUCGCGCAAGGCGUGACAACAUGGGCCGGCGUUCUUGUUGCCUUGGCCAUAUACGAAUUUCUCCCCCGUCGAUUUGCGGGUGAUCGACCCGAUGGGCAGCAGCAGCGUGGCAGUGCCAACAGCCAUGACCUCGGAAAAGAAAGGAAGCUCAUCCCAUUUAAUCUGCGACAGCAUCCGGCGUUAGCAGACAGCAAAGGGAAAAAGGCGGCAGUCGCCAGACUUACGCUGCGCUUCUCAACAGUCCAGCCCAAAGAUUUGGCCAUUUCUACGCACGUGUCGGAGGUGACACUGGGCAGGACGUUGGGGCUAUUCGGCACAACCAGGGUAAAAUGACCCUGAGUUUCCCGAACGCCGAUGAAGGAAGAGGUGGAAAACUCGUCAAUUUCAGUACGAGUGGCGCUGUCAAGAUGGAGGGUGAGGGCGUAUCCUUCUUUACGCGCUGCGUCGCUGAACCUCAUGACCGGGGCAUAGUUGCCGCCAACCUUCGCAUUGCCCACUCCCCGGGGGGCUGCUCGAUCGAACUCCUCAAGCACCACGGCGUCUUGUGCACCAACCCCGUGGUAGGCGGAACCUGGCUGGAUGUAGACGCAGAAGGUGAACUCUUUUGGCGAUGUCAGCGCCAGCUGUGCACUCGAGCCGAAGAGAAUCGGACGAAUGUACAGCAAUGCAUUACUGUCAUGCGGCGGCACGAACUCCGAGUUGGCUCCCACCACACGCUGCAGGCAUUCCACGAAAAAUGCUUCUGGCAGCGGUGGGAUGGACACCACCUUUGCCGAAUUCACCAUUCGAGCCGCAUGUUUCUCCGGGCGGAAGAUCAGAAUACGAUUAUCGGCCGUCCGACACGCUACACCAUGAUCAGCGUCUUGUUGUGGCCCGGGUCAUACGUCAUUCUAUCUCACCUUUCACGCCUUCAUAGCAUUGUUGGCCUUUUGACACACUGUCAGCUUCCUGUGGUCAACCUUGAGUGCAGCAAGAAAGGACGAACCGUAGUUCAGUCCAGGCGAGAGACCGUGGACUCGCAACCACGGGUCUUGGACGAUUCUGGGCUCGCCCCAGCCCCCAGUUUCGGCAUUGUACGAGACCUCGAUGUGAGAUGCCUCUGUGGUGUCUUAGCAAUGCUUUUCCAGCAUCCGCGUUGAAGUCAGAACAAAUUCGCACUUACGAUCGAAUCCUUGUAGGCCGAGUCGGUUCCAAUCUGCAAGUAGACCCCGAUGGUCAGUUCCCGUGCUACAAAUCAACCUGAAAGACUUUGUUCAGACUCACCCACGGAGUCGCUGGGGGCUUUUGGAAACAUGAUCACGAUGGGAACAAGUGGAUCUCAAUUAUAAACGGAAUUUCUCCAAAGUCUGAACGCAAACGAGGUAGGAGUCAAGAACGAGCAGGCGAUAUUGAACUGAUGCACUGGACGCUGGAAGAAGUAGUCUUGUUGCCCUGCUGUCCCUGCGAUUCAAGUCAUGCUUACCGCUCGUGAGCAGUUCGAAGCAGCCGGAAGAUGGUUGUGCUCAUUCUGCCCAUCGAACAGCAACACACUUGCUGAUGGCUGAUGAUGCGCCCACGCAUGUUGCAGCUUGUACGGCCUAGGGAAAACGAACCACUGCUGUGGAUACAAAACGGGGCGUCAAAUCAUGGCUCCACUCUUUAAUUGCCCUAUCCACUGGCUAGAUCUACCCAAGACGGCAGGUGGGCGCACCCGGUCUCGGCUGGAGAUCCAUUCGAGAUCCUUACUAGUCCGGCGGUCUUUUGCGAUGAUCCCUGGCCGGCGCACGUGGACACGCAACGCGUGAAUGGCAACCAUGCUACUGUUAUCGAAAGACAAAUUAUGGAUGGCGGUUCAUGUUUGAGAAAGCACAAGCUAUGCAACGCUAUACAACGAAGAACUUGAAUACAGGUAGGACGAAAUCAGACAUGGCCUCCUAGCUGACUGCCACAGGCUCUGAGACCGCCUUGGCCGUCUUCUCAUGCAUGUAAUUGUAGUACUCCUGCGCGGUCAUACCAUUGCUGGCCUCGACUUGGUUUCUGGUGCUGCUCAGCAGCGAUGGCAACGGCGUCAAAGGAGCGUCCAUGUUGGCCUUGCCAAAGAAUCCAACCGAAUACCUGGCAGGCACGACCUCAUCUUCGUGGGCGCCUUCGCGUCUCUGGGGGGCCAGGACACGAUGAUUCGUCGACUUGAGCACACCUGAUGUCCAGCGCUGCAGGGUGUCAGCUAUGUUAACGAUCAUCUCGCUGGGCCGUGAGCUUUCGACGGCCACGAACUGCCCUGGACGGGCGGGGUCCUCGAUCUCCAGCCCACCCACGGAAUCUUGGAACAACAGGGUCAAAAUGCCGACGUCGGUAUGUUCGGCGAUGCGAAAUGUACGGCCGGUCUGGAGUUGCGACAUCGCAAUCGGCGGGUAAUGGGUGAUUCGCACCUCGCCGUUGCCCGCCGAGCAACGUUGACUUAUUUCUCCGUCCUCGAGGUGUAGCGCCUGCUCGAAGAUGGAGACAAGCAGGUCGUGCAGCUGUACGCAAUCGGCAAAGAAAGACUGCAUGAAGGAGCGGAACUCUUCGCCUCGAGCACCUGCGACGACUGGCCACGGCGUCGGGUAGAUUGUGUCAUGGACAGGGCCAAGAUCGAAGCAUUCCUGUUGGGAAGCGUCAGCACCAAAUCUCCACUAACAGUGUGAUUCCUGAUCGGUUCAACGGAUUUCGCACCCAGCAUAGGCGUGGGCAUAGACAUCUACAUCUCAUUCCGGACCGCAGCAUACCUUUACAUCUGUAACCGGAGCACCAUCCUUCACGCCUUUGAUAUACCCCGUAAUGGCACCAAUUUGCUCGCGGCCAACGCCAGCGUAGCCGCGAUAGGGGCCUUUGUUGGACCGGUUGGCGCUCUGCUUGACCUCAUCCGGCCAGCCGAAAAACUCGCGGGACUGUCGAUCAUUCAAGUCAGCGAGAUAGAGACCCUGAGAUUGAUAUUCCCACUGAAGGGAAACAAGAAGCCAUUGCAAACUCGGCACAUACAACAUCGCAAGACCGUAAAACUUACCCAGGCAAAAAGCUCGUGAAUUCUCUCAUCGGACAGGCCGUGGCCGACGAACUUCACGAAGCCGUAGGUUGCGCACGAAUUCAACAGUUCAUCCCGCAGCUCCUGAUCUAGCUGCCCAUCGCGAUACAAUUGUGACAAGUCGAUUGAAGCGAGUGCUGCCAUGGCUUGUUUGUACGGUUUCUCGUCAAACCCUCGUAGCCAUGGAGGACAAUGCGAAUUAAGCCGCUGAGGAUGUCUGUCAUGCGUUCCGGCUCGGAGUUGAUGUUCGCCGCUUAGCAUUGGCGGGCCUGGAGUCAGGCAUCUCCCCUCAAACUCGGUUCUUCCCGAGUAUGCUAUUUCUGAACGAAGCUCGAUGCUGGCGUGCCCGCGGCGGUGGUAAGUGGUGGUUGGUGGAGGUGGCACCACUUUCCCCAUCGUACGACAAGAGAGCAGCACAACACCAACACGCGUCCGUGGCCUCGUGCAACCCCUUGGAGGGACAAUUGUUUGUUUGUCCUUCCCCCGAGGACGAAUCCGGACUGGAAUGGCCGGUAUCGCACAUCUGGAGAGAAGCCAUGUAAGGAGAUUGAAAGGAGAUGAAAUGUGAGAAACCCACAAUCGGCUUCCCGCGACUGCGUUCCUUCAGACUCUCCCGCCGUUGUUUUCCUUCUGUUUUGGCGCUGAAAUGUCAACGCUCAAGACGCUCAGCCUUGAGGACUUCCGCAGCGACGAUGCAGCGACUCGAGCCAAGUUUUGCGAGGACCUGCUGUGGUGUUUCAGCGAACAAGGCUUCGUGCACAUCCGGGACCAUGGCUUGAGUGCUGAAUUUGUGGCGGAAGGGUUUCGCUAUAACCGCGAGCUCUUUCGGCUUUCCAAGGAGAAGAAAAUGACCUUCGCCCAUCCACUCAAGCCCAACCCGCACCGAGGGUACAGUUUCGUCGGGCAGGAGAACAUCUCGGCCAUUAGUGGGUUUGAGAGGGGCGAAGAGGCGCCGGCCCGGGUGUUGGACCUCAAGGAAUCCUUCGACUGUGGUGCACCUGAAAACACGCACGACCCCAAUGUCUGGCCCCAGGAGGGCGAUCUGCCCGGGUUCAAGGACUACCUACUCGACUACUACGAGCGAUGCCACUCGCUACAACUGGAGCUUUUGUCCGCACUCGCUCAGGGCCUAGGACUGCCCAACGACACAUUUCUCAAAAUGCACGACCAACGUGCUCACGAACUGCGUCUCCUCCACUACCUCGAGGUGCCUGCAGCGGCCGUGGCCGAGGCCGACAAGACACGCAUCGCCGAGCACACCGACUUUGGCACGCUGACGCUGCUGAUGCAGGACGGCUCCGGCGGGCUGGAAGUGCUCCACCCACGCACGCGACAGUGGUAUCCGGCCGAGUGCGAGUUCCCCAAUCUUACCGUUAAUGUGGGCGACUCGCUGAUGAGGCUACUGAACCGCCGUAUUCAUUCGGCCUGCCACCGCGUGCCGCUGUGUCGUUCGCGCAUCCAGGGCGAAGUUAUCCCUGCCCGUUAUUCGAUUGCUUACUUUGGCAAACCGAACCCGGACGCUUCGCUCAAGCCUCUCGAUGCUCUCGUCACCGACGAUUGGCCCUGUGCCUUUGACGACGUCACCGGUCGGCAAUACGAGCUUCUAAAGCUGGGCAAGAUUUAUUCUUCUGGAGACUUGGAGCCCCCGCAGCUGCAGUUCAGCAUUAACAGUGUGGCGAAACCUAUCCUAGCAUGAUGAAGCUGAACUCCGUACCUAGAAGAGAGGCGACCUACGAUUUCUUUUUUGCUUGUUGGUGUCUGAUGACGCGAUCAGGGGAAGUAGGACACAUCCGCAAAACAUUAAAGAGCCAUGAUUUACCUUGUCCAUAAGGUAUUUAUUUGUCGCCGUCGUUAAUUGGUUUUGCUGUCAUUAUAGUCCCUUGGUGUGAUAUGAUCGAAUGUUAUCAUGCUGACAUGUAUCGCUGUUGCUCCGCAUUUGCUCUCUCAUCUUUCUAAGGACCUCUCUCUCCCCCUUUUUGCUGUCUUGUUAUGUCCUGUCCUAUCCAUCCUGCAUUGCCUUGUAACUCUUAUCCUGCGUCAAUUCUGGCCACGACCAAGCAGGUUAUAAGGCUGCUCCCGACUCACCAAGUACCUACACUACCUUUUUGACGGAGAACGAGGGGCAGACACUUCUCCAGCUAAGCCUGGCACCUAAGUACCCCCAAGACUCCUUGCCGGUUUGAACUGGACGUGUGACAUACUGUACAUGUACAUAGUCAUGCAACACUACAAGUGUUGCCCGUACACUGUGUGCCGGCUGACUCCCUACCAAGCAACCCUCCCAACCCCAGUAUUAAGUAACUAUUU